AAAAAUGAACAAUAAAAUAUUUUGUAUGAUUAGAAAGAAACCAACCUAUUUUCACCUUAUAAAAAUCCCCUCUUUUUCUCCACCUCUCUCACACCACUCUCUCUCUCUAAAAACAACAACUCAAUUUCAAACCCUAACUGUCUCCUCCCUCCCAAUCACCAGAUCCCAUGGCAUCACCGGCGGCGCGUGAGGAGCACGUCUACAUGGCAAAGCUCUCGGAGCAAGCCGAACGCUACGAAGAGAUGGUAGAAUUCAUGGAAAAGGUCUCCAACUCACUCACCGACUCAGAAGAACUCACCGUAGAAGAACGCAACCUGUUAUCCGUCGCGUACAAAAACGUGAUCGGAGCUCGCCGUGCGUCGUGGCGGAUAAUAUCUUCGAUCGAGCAGAAGGAGGAGUCUCGCGGUAACCAGGAGCAUGUGGCUGUGAUCAAGGAGUACAGAUCGAAGAUCGAGAAGGAGCUUUCGGACAUUUGUGAUGGAAUUUUGAAGCUUCUGGACUCGAAACUUGUUCCGUCUGCUGGUUCUGGCGACUCGAAGGUGUUUUAUUUGAAGAUGAAGGGAGAUUAUCAUCGCUACCUUGCGGAGUUUAAGACCGGUGCUGAACGGAAAGAGGCUGCUGAGAGUACUCUCAAUGCUUAUAAGGCCGCUCAGGAUAUUGCAAAUGCUGAACUUGCCCCAACACACCCAAUCCGUCUAGGAUUGGCUCUUAACUUCUCGGUGUUCUACUAUGAGAUUUUGAACUCACCAGAUCGUGCAUGUGGUCUUGCCAAACAGGCGUUCGAUGAAGCCAUCGCUGAGUUAGAUACUUUGGGUGAAGACUCGUACAAGGAUAGCACUUUGAUCAUGCAACUCCUUCGUGACAAUCUUACUUUGUGGACAUCUGAUAUGCAGGAUGAGGGGGCUGAUGAGAUCAAGGAAGCCAAGCAAAAUGACGAACAAAAGGAAUGAUAACCGACAUCAGUUUCAUCCAUUUAUGUUUAUUAGAAAAGACUGUUGGAGCUUCAUUGUUUUAUGUUGUUACAACUUAAGUGUGUUGAAUUUAAUGGUUUGUCUAUGUUUUUUUUUUU